UUAAGCGGAGCGCAUUCCUGCACAGCGCGCACACCGGAGGAGGACGAGCGGCGGCGAGACGCUUCACAGACCGCAGCACCGACACAGGAGCCGGAGCUCAGCCAGAGAAACACCCCCGUCACACCGGAGGCGGAGGAAGCGCGGUGCUGUCGCCUCAACGCAGCGGUUUACAUGCGCAGCUGUCUCGGCUGAGGGCAACGUCGUGUGUUCGCGGACCGUGCCGCUGCGAUGUCGGAGUUCCUGGUGGGUCUGCUCGGGGAGCGGCUCGUCAACAGCGAGAAAGCCGAGGUGGACGUGCACUCGCUGGGCGCCAAGCUGUCCCUGGUCGGGCUCUUCUUCGGAUGCAGCCUGAACGCGCCGUGCAAGCAGUUCAACGGGAGCCUGUGCGAGUUUUACAGCCGGUUCAAGAAGACGUCCGAGCACAAGGACAAACUGGACAUCGUCUUCAUCUCGUCGGACCAGGACCAGAAACACUGGCAGGACUUUUUGCAGGAGAUGCCCUGGCCCGCGUUACCUUUCAAAGACAGACACAAAAAGAUGAAGCUUUGGAACAAGUACAAGGUAACCAGUAUCCCAUCGCUGGUGUUUGUGGAUGCAGCUACGGGGAAGGUGGUGUGUCGAAACGGACUACUGGUGGUCAGAGAUGACCCCAAAGGCCUGGAGUUCCCCUGGGGGCCGAAGCCAUUUGCGGAGGUGGUGGCAGGGCCUCUGCUCAGGAACAACAGGCAGACAACAGACAGCAGCUCUCUUGAGGGACACUACGUGGGAGUGUACUUCUCAGCACACUGGUGUCCGCCAUGCCGCAGCCUGACCCGAGUCUUGGUGGAAACAUAUCGAGCCGUCAAAGAGCUGGGACAGAAGUUUGAGAUUGUGUUUGUGAGCGCUGACAGGUCGGAGGAGUCCUUUAAGCAGUACUUCAGCGAGAUGCCGUGGUUGGCGGUGCCGUAUUCAGAUGAGGCUCGGAGAUCACGACUCAACAGACUCUAUGGGAUACAAGGUAUUCCCACGCUGAUUCUGUUGGACGCAGAAGGUCACAUGAUCACACGACAGGGCCGCGUGGAGGUGCUGAACGACCCGGAGUGCCGGCUCUUUCCCUGGCACCCUCGGCCCGUGCUGGAGCUUAGCGAGUCCAAUGCCGUGCAGCUCCACGAGGGGCCCUGCCUCGUCCUGUUUGUGGAUGCCGAGGAGGAGGGGGAACUGGAGCCAGCCAAGGAGCUGAUUCAACCAAUAGCAGAAAAGCUCAUGGCAAAGUACAAAGCCAAGGAGGAGGAGACGCCGCUUCUGUUCUUUGUGGCUGGAGAGGAUGACAUGAGUGACUCCCUGCGAGACUACACUAACCUCCCUGAGGCAGCACCUCUGCUCACCAUCCUGGACAUGUCGGCCCGCGCCAAGUACGUCCGCGACGUCGAGGAGAUCACGCCAGCCGUGGUGGAGCAAUUUGUCAACGACUUCCUGGCUGAGAAGCUUAAGCCAGAGCCCAUCUGAAGAGGACGUCUGAAUAUAAAUGGGACACACUAUAUUGGGACUCACUCCAUCAUUGAACCCUGACCUGUUGCUACGCCCCCUCACCCCCCCAGCCUCCCACUGUCUCUCUCACCUCCCCUCCUGACUCUGUCAGACUCUUAGAGAGAUGUCUCACUUUUUACUGACAUUUUAACAUUUUUUUUAGACAUGUUCCCUCUUUUCAUGGAGUCCUCUCUUUCUCCUGUGGUGCCUUGCAUUGACUAUAGUCCCUACAGUAAUAUAUAUAUAUGGAGAUUCUGUUGUUUUUGUUCUUUUGGCCUCAAGAAAAGUAUUUGUAUUUUUUUUUUUCACACUGUAGCAUUUCUAGACAAAAACAGAGAAUUACUCAAUGGACCUAUUCUUCAGCUGAUUCUUUGCUUCCUUUUUGUUAUGUCUGCAAGACCCUUGUUACUUUUGGUUUUUGAAUGAAGUUGAGAAAGAAAAAUGCAUUUUUACAGUUGUGAUUCAUAUGUAUACUUAGUGCAAAUGUGCUAAACCUCAGUUGGAUGUAGCCGUAAGCCCUCAUGGCCAUAUUCUAAACAAAGUCUGACAGGUGCACAUAAAGAUCACGUUGCUUGUAACAGAACAUUGACUGAUGUUAUAAAAACCCCUGUGUCCUG